UCUGAAAGAAAAGAUAAAGGAAAAUGAAGAUCUCAAACAAAGGAUCCAAGAGAUGGUUACCCAACAGAAGCAACAUCAUUCAAGACCUUCUCUGAAAUUCAAGGAACAGGAAAGUGAAGCACUCAAACAAAAGAUGCAUGAGAUGGAAGCACAGCUUCAAAGAACAAGGUCUGCUCUAAAAGAAAAAGAUGAAGAACUAAAAUCUUUUAAGGACAGAGUGGCAGGGGACGUUGCUCUGUCAAUCAAAACAGGGAAAACCAUGAGCCUUAACAACCCAGUAAAUAAAACCAGGUUAAAGGAGAUGUAUGACUCCCUGAGAUGCGACUGGCCAAAAAUCAAAAACAGCUUAAAGUCAAACCAGACACAUCCAGACUCUGCCAAAGAGCUGAUUCUGAAAAGGUUCAGAGAGGCUAAAGAGGAAAUGAUACAAAGGAAAAUGUUGGUAGAUAAAGUAUAUGAAACAAAUGUGAAAAAUGCUCCAGGGGCACCACAAAAGGUUGAUCAGUACCGACAGUUAACCAUCCAGAACCUGCAGCUGACUCUCUACAAUGAGAGACAAGGUGCUUCUUUACAGAGAACCUUUCCUGGAGGAAAUCCUCAGGAGGUGUGGGAGUAUUUGGGCUCUGAAUGUUAUUGGCUUGGCUGCCUGAUGGCUUUGAGCAACCCCCCUCUGCGGCCUGAUUGGGAGAAUCAUCCUCCGUCAAUGGAUAAAUGGGACUUACUCCCACGAAAUAUCACAACCGUCUCUUUAAAUGAGUAAAAGGAAAGUGAUCAAGAAUCAAUGCCUCUCCAUACAUCUACAAAGUUACA